AUGGCGGAUGAGACCAAUAAGGACGGUUUGGAAGCCUCAUCUACCUGUAAAACUACAUCUCUUCUUGCAACGUACGAGACGUGGGUGGGAAACCACAAAGGCUUGGCUCGUAAUGUGGAGACCACACUUUACGUUGCACCACAGCUGAUCCCGAAAAAUGUGAUGGAACCUGAGAUAGCAUCGCAUUUGAGCUACUCGUUAAUAGGUCUUCUACAUUUAUACCAUGAUUACGUACUAUGGAAGAAAGAAAAGAAUGACAAGGUGGAGCUGCUGCUGACCAAUUGUCAAAAAUUGACCCGCUUGAUUCGUGUGCCGUUGUCACUGAUUAUGCACGUGCAAGUACUGGCAGAAGUUGUGGCUCGUAAAGUUGGAGGUGACGUAGGCAAGUGGCGUUUAAUUGUGUGGGUGGAAACAGUUAAGGGCGUGCUACGUCUUAUGCUUCUGGCUCAACGACGUCGUGUCAUGCUCAGGAAUGGAGGAAAGUACAAGGGUGAAGAAUCAGAUCCUCAACCAUCGGUAUUCGCGCGGUUUCAAAAGACCAAGCAGCCUGGUGCUCGCACGGGCAAGACUUUUGGAAAAGGUUCGGCUACGGCGUCGGAGCCUGAGCCAUCGACGAAAACGAGUGUUGAUAAAGCGUGCAGCAAAAUGACAUUCGAAGAUGCGACAAGCGAAGUCGUGGAAGCAUCGCGUGAGGAUCUUCUUGUAGCUGGAGAGGUCUGCCACAUUUUGCGGCCCGUCAUGUAUGCGUUGCUGCGUCAUCGCCGAUCGGAAACGUCGUGGACUCCCGUUGUUGUGUCACUUCUCGUGGAACUUUCAGGCUUGGCGUUAUCUGCUGCGGCUGUUAAACCAACGGAGCCAACAAAGGCUGUCUUCACAGACAAGGCUGGGGACGAGAUUGCAGCGCGGAAGAUGACUCUUCUUCUCUACUUGCUUCGCGACCCAGUGUUCGCGACUGUCACGAAGCCCGUGGCUGGAAAGACUGCAAAUGUUCUGGACUACGUGCCAGGGGUGGGCAAGCUCUUCCGUUUCGGAACAACUGCUAUACUGGACUAUUAUCACGACUUCUACUUCUACACGUCGGCAUCGUAG